AACAAUUUCAUUCCCUGCGCUUGAAGUGUUGUUCAAGAAAAACCAAUAACAAAGUCUGCUUUUUUUUCCACUCCACAGGUUCUCAGACCAAAAACCUUUCCGCAACAUAGUUCGUUUCGUCGUUCUCUUCAGUCCCAGAAUGUCGAUCUUUGAGUACAAUGGAAGUGCCCUAGUGGCAAUGGUGGGGAAGAACUGCUUUGCAAUUGCAAGUGACCGGAGACUUGGUGUGCAGCUGCAGACAAUCGCCACUGAUUUUCAAAGAAUAUUCAGAAUCCACGAUAAGGUUUUCAUUGGCCUUUCAGGGCUGGGUACCGAUGUCCAAACACUGUAUCAACGGCUAGUGUUCCGUCACAAGUUAUAUCAGCUUAGAGAAGAGAGGGACAUGAAGCCUGAGACUUUUGCCAGCCUUGUAUCUGCUCUUCUUUAUGAGAAAAGGUUCGGUCCAUACUUUUGCCAACCUGUAAUUGCUGGAUUAGGAGAUGAUGACAAGCCGUUUAUUUGCACAAUGGACUCUAUUGGAGCAAAGGAGCUUGCCAAAGAUUUUGUCGUUGCUGGUACUGCCUCAGAAUCUCUGUAUGGUGCGUGCGAGGCCAUGUUCAAGCCUGACAUGGGACCAGAAGAAUUGUUUGAGACCAUCUCGCAGGCCCUCAUAGCAUCAGUGGACCGUGAUUGUUUAAGUGGUUGGGGAGGACAUGUUUAUGUUGUUACACCAACUGAAGUGACUGAGAAGAUCUUGAAGGGAAGGAUGGACUAGACAAACUUUUUCAUUGGUGUCCUAAACUUUGUUCAUUGCAUUCCCAGGAAAAUGUUCUUUUGUGAUGAAUGCCCCUAUGCUUAUGUUUGAUAUUAUGUACUCUUUUUGUACCAUUUUAUAUUGCAUUCUUUCUUAGCAUGUUCCAAAAGAAUGAUGCUUUUUUUAUAUUUGGUAUCUCUUAACCUUCUCAUUUUACCCUUAAUGGCAUCUUAUAUAGCCAUAUAAAUGUCAUAGUAGGCUCAAACCUAUAAGUUUAAGAGCACUUUUGGUAUGUGUUAGAAUCUUUUUCUUCGACUCCGUGCUUAGUCAAGUACGGCAAAAUGAAAUGGAGGGAGUCUUCAAUUUCUCUUCUC